GAUAAGAAGAGUAAGAGGGUGACAGAGAGAGGAGAGGAGAGAGACGCUUUUGGUCGUGUUGGUUCUUUAUAAAAAUAAAAUAUAUUAUAUCUAUCAUUUUCCAUUAUAUAGAAGCAAAUCAUACUCCAAAAUCCUCAUUCAAACUCUGCUGCAGCUUCUUCUUCCCUUUUUUUUCCUAAAGAUUCUUCAUCUAAAAAUUCAGGUCGUCCUCGUGUCGAGCUUUUUUCAAAAUGUGGUGGUUAUCAUCAUCGUCGACGAAAGUCCGAUCAAAUCUUGAGAGGUUUCUUAGAGGAACCACUCCAAAGCCUCCUUCUUUCUCUCUAUCACAGAGCUGUGAGAAGGAUUUGAAUAGUUUGUGGAUACAAGAGAGCAAAGAUGAGACUGAAUAUUUCAGGCUUAGUGAUCUCUGGGACUGUUUUGAUGAGCCAAGCGCGUAUGGAAUUGGAUCAAAGGUCGAUUUAAACAACGGCGAAUCCGUUAUGCAGUACUAUGCCCCGUAUCUAUCCGCCAUUCAAAUCUAUACUAACAAACCUCCAGCCAUUUCCAGGAACCAGAGUGAGGUUGUUGAUUUUGAGAGUGAAUGUUGGAGUGAUGAUAGUGAGACUGAGAAGCUGUCAAGGUCAACGAGCAGUGGUUCUAGCAAAAUAUUAUGGGAUUCUUCUUCUGAUGAUUCGGGUUAUGAAAUCGAUGGCAUUGCUUCGUCGUUGCGAGAUAAGCUCGGCUACAUUGAGUUUCAGUACUUUGAGUCAGCUAAACCGCACUUGCGGGUUCCUCUUACCGCCAAGGUUAAUGAAUUGACUGAGAAGUAUCCUGGACUUUUGACUCUAAGGAGUGUUGAUUUGUCUCCGGCAAGUUGGAUGGCCAUUGCUUGGUAUCCGAUAUACCAUAUUCCAUCUCGGAAGACCGAUAAAGACUUAACAACGUGUUUCUUGAGUUAUCAUACGCUAUCUUCGGCCUUCCAAGGUAAUUUGGCUGAGAGAGACGAUGAGAGUAACAAAAUCAUGGAGGAAGAAACGUUGUGUUGUGAUAAUGAAUCAGUGACCAAGAGACUUCAUUUGGAUCCUUUUGGUUUAGUUACUUACAAAUUGCAUGGAGGUUUGUGGGGUAAUCAAGAAUCUCGUGACCAAGAGCGGUUAGUUUAUCUUCGAAGUGCAGCGGAUUCAUGGCUUAAACAGCUGAAUGUUCAUAAUCACCAUGACCAUAGCUUCUUCUCUAUGAACAAGAGCUUGUAGAUCCAAAUGACAAAACUCUGUUUCUUUUUGCUCUGUUUUCUUAGGUACAUAGCACCAACUCGCUAAUGUAAGAGGUCUCUUUUCUUUCUGCUGUAAGGGCCAUUGAAAAUAAUAAAUAAUAUGGGUUUUGUUUAUGAGUUUACAGAGUGAUGUGACUGAUGAGCAUUGUUUGUUUUGUGAGAGACUAUAUCAUAAAGGUCUUUGAGCCCUAUGAGUGGUGGAAAUGAACCUUAUUGGUUUGAAC